UACGUAGGCCCGGGUCGGAGGCCACCUGUGUAAGAUGGCUGGCGGUCCGAGUUGCUAUGGCCUCGGGGAGUGGAAAGUGAUGGUACAUCCUCUCCCUACAUUUCGCUAUGAGUUUCCUAAUAGACUCCAGCAUCAUGAUUACCUCCCAGGUCCUUUUCUUUGGAUUUGGGUGGCUUUUCUUCAUGCACCAACUGUUUAAGGACUAUGAGGUGCGUCAGUAUGUUGUACAGGUGAUCUUCUCUGUGACUUUUGCAUUUUCUUGCACCAUGUUUGAGCUCAUCAUCUUUGAAAUCUUAGGAGUAUUGAAUAGCAGCUCCCGUUAUUUUCACUGGAAAAUGAACCUGUGCAUAAUUCUGCUGAUCCUGGUUUUUAUGGUGCCUUUUUACAUUGGCUAUUUUAUUGUGAGCAACAUCCGACUGUUGCAUAAACAGCGACUGCUUUUUUCCUGUCUCUUAUGGUUGACCUUUAUGUACUUCUUCUGGAAACUAGGAGAUCCAUUUCCCAUUCUUAGCCCAAAACAUGGAAUCUUAUCCAUAGAACAGCUCAUCAGCCGGGUAGGUGUAAUUGGUGUGACUCUCGUGGCUCUUCUUUCUGGAUUCGGUGCUGUCAACUGCCCAUACACUUACAUGUCCUACUUCCUCAGGAAUGUAACUGACAUAGAUAUUCUAGCCCUGGAACGGCGACUGCUCCAAACCAUGGAUAUGAUCAUAAGCAAAAAGAAAAGGAUGGCAAUGACACGGAGAACUAUGUUCCAGAAGGGGGAGAUACAUAACAAACCAUCAGGAUUCUGGGGAAUGAUCAAAAGUGUUACUACUUCAGCACCAGGAAGUGAAAAUCUUACCCUUAUUCAACAGGAAGUAGAUGCUUUGGAAGAACUAAGCAGGCAGCUUUUUCUGGAAACAGCUGAUCUAUAUGCUACCAAGGAGAGAAUAGAAUACUCCAAAACUUUCAAGGGGAAAUAUUUUAAUUUUCUGGGUUACUUUUUCUCUAUUUACUGUGUUUGGAAAAUUUUCAUGGUGAAGUUCUGGUCCCAACAUAUUUCCUUUAUUCUGGUUGGAAUAAUCAUUGUAACAUCUAUCAGAGGAUUACUGAUCACUCUUACCAAGUUCUUUUAUGCCAUCUCUAGCAGUAAGUCCUCCAAUGUCAUUGUCCUGCUAUUAGCACAGAUAAUGGGCAUGUACUUCGUCUCAUCUGUGCUACUGAUCCGAAUGAGCAUGCCCUUAGAAUACCGCACCAUAAUCACUGAAGUGCUUGGAGAACUGCAGUUCAACUUCUACCACCGUUGGUUCGAUGUGAUCUUCCUAGUCAGUGCUCUGUCCAGCAUACUCUUCCUCUAUUUGGCUCACAAACAGGCACCAGAGAAGCAUAUGACACCUUGAAUUCAUUCAUAUUAUGGACUGCUAACAGGCCAGUGGUGCCAGAAUUUUGAUAUAAGAAGAGAAAAAAAUGGAAUGGACCUGGGCCUAAUAUUUUUUUAAACAAAACAAAAUGCUAUUGUAGUAUAUUCUACCUCAAGCUUAUGCCUUCUACCUCAUGGUCAUGUGAUCAUGAAUAGCAUCCUCUAGAGCAUGAGAGAGCAAGGUAGCUGAAUCCAAUACUCAGUUGAGAGGUUCCUGUUUGUUUGAGACUGGUGCAACAUUGGGAAGUAGGGGUGGAAGAGAGUCAAGAAACUAGAGGUGGGGAAAUACACUUGAACUAUGGGGUAAGAGAAGUCUACAGUAGCUGGGCCAAAUAUGUAGGAUUUCUGUUUAAGUCAAGAUUCACAUGGAGAAAGGUUUUGGCUUUCCCUUGAGGUUGACUGUCAUUAAAAUCAGAGAUUGCAACUCUUUGGCCUUAGCUUCUUUAUCAAAAAUAUGUUGGUUUACCCUGGCUGAUGUUGCUCAUUGGAGUGCGUGCCAGCCUGUGAACCAAAAUGUCACCGGUUCAAUUCCUGGUCAGGGCACCUGCCUGGGUUGCAAGCAUGUGAGAGGAAAAUAAUUUCUCUCUCUCUCUCUCUCUCUCUCUCUCUCACUCACUUUCUCUAUCUCUCUUCCUGCCCCUCUUCCCCCUUCUCUUAAAAAAAUACCUUGGUAUUUUGCUUAUAUGGUCUAACAUGAGUUAGCAUUCCACUCCUCCUUCCCCAACCCUUGCCCUAUUAAAAUAACCAAGAGGUCAUCUUUUCUUUUCUGGGAACUGGGUAGGGUGCAAUUGAAAUAGAUUCUACAAAGACAGAUUUCAAGUAUGCUGUUUUUCUUUAUUUCCUUUGAACUUAGUAUUAUUUAAGAGUGAAUUACUCUACAUUCAUUCAAUUUAGUAAUGAUGUCUGUUUAUUUUAUUUGCUCCUCAUGCUGUGGGUAAAACAGUGAAUAACUACAAACUGGAUUAAGUCACUUUCCUGUCUUACAACUCAAUUUUUUCAUCUAUAAAAGGAAAAUGUUGCAAAAUUUGUAGGACACUCAGAAACACAAUUUAAGAAAAUGCUGAAUUUUACUACCAGAAAGUCUCUAUUUUAUUACUAAGGUCUUAUUCUGAAUUUUGUUUUAUUUUGUUUCUAGAGGCAAAAUGAAGGGUAAAGCAUAAAAAUUUACCAAAAACUAAAGCAGUAUUAAGAUUAGAUCAGCUAACAGGGAAGGUUCAAGCACACUCAAAAGACCUUUUUAAUGGUAUUUAUUUCAGUAAACACAGCAUUCUUUAAAAAGCAUAAUUUUAAUAGGCUUAUAUGCUCAGAUACUUUAAUUGACAACUGUCACAUAUACAGAUUUAUAAAUCAUCUUUGGUGCUCAAGGAGCCCCAAAUAGAAGUAAGAGAUAUCACCAUACAGAGAAAUACA